CUUUCAUUUAUUGGUUCCGUUUGCAGUCCCAGCUGUGAAGCUGUCUGUGCCAUGCUGAGGACAAGUGGGACAACUUGUUAAAAGCAGAUGUGGUUUUGUAUUUAGAAAUGAACUUACCUUGUCAGGAAACACCUAGCCAGGCUGGCAAAGAGACUGCUUAGCCCUCUCAUGCAAGGUGAGUUCAGCUAUUAAGCAGUACAAAAGAAGACAUUCUGCUCUUUGAAAACAACUGGAACCACUGGCAAGAAGCAGCAACACUGCACUGAACAAGGGCACCUUUUCCAGGUUAUCAAAACAUGCUAUUGAACUGAAUUUUGCAGCUGCAUUUUCAAAUGUACCAUGGGAUGCAUCAAAUCCAAGGCUGCCUUUCAAGGUUCAAAUGCUAUCCAGGAUGAACAGAUCAGGGAAGGUAAUGAAGGAUGCACUGGAGAGAAAUCAUCACUGAUAGCAGUGAAGGUGGAUGAGAAAGCUCCAUCAAGCACUAUAGUGCUAGACUAUGCACACCGUCUCUCCCGUGAGAUCCUUGAUCAGGCAGUAAAACAGUGGGCAGUGACUGAAAGCAAAUACAGCGACAUCCCUUUUAUUGAAAGUGAUGUGCCCUGAGCCCUGACUGACAAGAACUGUCUUCACCAUGCGUGUCCUGUCUGUGAAGCAGUUUGUAUUUGGUACUAGUGAAAAUAAAGUAAAAUCAGCUGUGAUUUGAGCAUAAUGCCACUAUAUGAAUGUGUUUGCAAGAAGAGGUGAAAAAAAAAUUGCCUUUUCAUCUAUAUUGCUAAGAAAUUAAUUGGAUUACAGUACAAUCUAUUAAGAAAGUGUCAUUUGUCAUCAGCCGUAUGUUGAGUAUGUUCUGUCUUUAUAUGUGUCGAAUGUGAUCAGAGAUAGUGUUAAAAGGAUGAGAGGAAUGUGGCUGCCCUGCAGCUGUACAAGCACUGCCUCAGAGGCCCCAAAGAUGCUUGACAACAAAGUGUGGAUUAUUUUUAUGUAUUGCAAAAAAAAUCAGUGGCCUGGUUGUAGGUGAAAAGAGAGGAACUCUCCAUGCUUGGUAAAUUUAUCUGCAUUUUGCUGAAGUGAAACCAAGGUCUGCAUGUAGCAAAGGUAACUGCUGUCAUAGAUUUUACCUUGAUUCUUUGACCUGGCUAAAUCUGUAAACCACAAAAUAAUGAAGGUGAUGAGAAGCACUGUAUAAACCCCAGCAGUAUUCAGGGACCCAUAUGGAUUAUGAUACUAAUGAACUUCCGUUCUUAAGUGAAACAGUGAGGUACA